AUGGAAAUAAUUUCACCUUUGGAAAAUUUAGGGGGGAAAAAUAUAAAUGAUUUACCAGAUGAAGUUUUAGAAUAUAUAUUAAGUUUGAUUUCACCUUAUUAUGAUUCUGAUUCUUGUAAAUUAGUUAGUAAAAGAUGGUGGAGAACAGUUAAUAAUGUAAGACAUCAUGCCAAAUGCGCCUUAUACAGAUCCGUAUUAAAUUCUGAUGUUUUAUGGCAAUCCCUUGUUCCUUCUAAUUCAGAUUCAAUUAUUACCAAAAGGUAUUCUCAUGCAGCUUGUUACUGUGAUAAUUUUAUGUAUGUAUUUGGUGGUUGUACACCAAGAUGCACCACUUUUAAUGAUAUAUGGGCUUUAGAUUUAAAUAAAAAAGCAUGGCUUAGGCCUAAUGCUACUGGAACUUAUCCAUCACCAAAGGCUUGUGCAACUCUUUGUCGAUAUAAUAAAAGUUUAGUUUUAUUCGGAGGUUGGACUCAUCCUCCUUCUUAUCCACUUCAUCAGACACUUAAAUUAUUUAAUGAACUUCACAUUUAUAAUACUACUUCAAAUAAAUGGUCAGUUUUUCAUUCGACAAUUUCACCUCCUCCAAUGGCUGGUCAUUCCGCAACCAUUCAUGGAAAUGUUAUGGUUGUAUUUGGUGGUUUACAAAGGGGUGAUACUAUUUCAAAUCAUAUAUGGUGCUAUAAUUUUGAAACAGAAUGCUGGAGCCAACCUGAAACAACAGAUCCUAAACCCAAAACAAGAUAUGGCCAAUCUCAGAUAUACAUAGAUAAUAAUAAUUUUCUUAUAAUUGGAGGUUGCGAAGGUCCUAAUUCAAUUUUAGACGAUGUUUGGUUGUUAACAAUAACUGAUAAUGUAUGGGUAUGGAAACAGUUAAAAGUUAAUAAUCCACAGUGGGCUGCUCCUCAUUUAUGGUGUCAUCCAGCCUGCAAAGUUGAUGAUGUUGUUGUAGUUCUUAGUCGUGGAACAUCUCAAAGUGUUUCUCAUUAUUCUUCAAGCUCAAAUAUUGAUAAUGAAUCAAUACUAAUGGAUAAUUCAAUACCUCCAGAUGUUGUAUCUAGAGUAACAUCUCAUGGUAUGCUUCCAUAUGUUAAAGAUAAAAAUGUGAAUGGCAAACGAGGAAGUUUAGGUAAAAUAAAUAAAUCAAUGGACGAGCCUGGAACUAGUUCUUCCAGUUCUUCUGGAGGAAAUUCAGUUUCCUCUCCUGUUCAAAACAUAGAAAAAAAUUAUCCCAAACCGGUGUAUCAAGAUUGCGAACCACAUUCAAGUGGAAAUUGUUCCUCAAGAAUGAACGUAGACUUUCAAAUGGCUGCUUUUCGCGAUCAAAAUUUAAAAUCUAAAAAUCGUUUAAAACAAUUAGAAUGUUUAAAAAGAAUGGAAGAAAAAUAUAAAAAUUCAUUCAAAGAAGAUGAUAAUAAAAAGAAAACAAAUGGAAAAAAUAACGGUUCAAAGGAUCCGAAUCCGGGACCACCGGGAGGUUCGUUAAAUUCUAAUAAUAAAAUUAACAUGUACGUGAUGGACAUAUCCGAAGUUUUAACGGAAAAAGCUUGCGUUAGUUGGAGGCCCCAAAAAAGUAAUCCAAAUGCUCCUGGAGAAAAUAUGCUUCAUUCUUUGGUACUCGGAAGAGGAGAACUUAUCAUGUUUGGAGGCGUUCAAAAUAAUCCCAUUAUUGCUUUUCCAGUUUCGAGUCAUAAAUGCGUUACAAACAGUACGCACAUAAUUACAGCUCCUCAUAAUAUAAUAUAA